AUGACCAAUCCCAAAAAGAAAAGUGGGCGAGAAGGAAAAUUGUUGCAAAAAUUAAAAAAGGGUUCUGUUCCACAAUUGAAUUUGGACCUACCGCAGAAAGUAAAAAACAAGAAGGCUCGAAAUUCAGGCAUCAAUUUCAGUUCGACACAAAGUUCCCACUUUCCUGGUCAAAUAGACAAUGUGGUUCCUCAUUCAGGCAUUGAUGGAAAUUUGCCAAGAUCGUACCUUGCCACUUGCAAUCCAAAUCCAGUCCAACAGAAUACACAUACUUUCAGGAUCGACGCUGCCUCUACGUCACAAACGUGCAAUAAAAAUUCUAGUUCCUCUCCAGCCAAAUCAAAUACACAACAUUUAGGCAUCGAUUUCCAAGUCGAUUCUAGUACUACACAAACUUCCCACCUUCCAGAUACAAUUCAAAAUAAUUCAGGAGUGAGCAACAUCGACUCCAUAAAAUCUCUCAGUUUACAGUACGAAACUUCUCUUGAUCAAGAAUAUACGAAUGGUCAGACUUCAGAAAUGUUUCACAAGCUAGAAUCUUUGCAAACUGAAAAUGAGCAAUUGAAACGCGACAAGGAGGAAAUGGAGGGAACGAUACUAAAUUUGAGAAAAGAGAUGAAACAGAAAGAAAGAAAUAAAGAAAAAGAGAUUGAAAGAACGGUCAAAAAAAUUUUGAGUCAGUGUUUUACACGGGGACAAGUGAAAAAAUUGAUUAAACAAAAACGCGUUAAAUGGACUGCGGAGGAUAUUCAAGCAGCUAUUCUUUACGAUGCAUGA